UCAGUUUUGACAGAGCUUUUACCCUCCCUCUAAUCUUCAUAAUAGUCAUUGUGUAAUGGAAAUGUAAUUGUUUAACUUUGUCUCGUUUAACUGAGCCAAUUCAAGCGACAUUGUUUAUGUAGUUUCGUGCAAAAUACAUUUUAAACUGUUUAAGACAAUACCUAGAUUGGCAAAAAAAAAAAAAAAAAUUGCCGCAUUAUUAAAUAAGUGACCGUUUCAAUUAAAAGAGUCAUAAUUGGGGGAAUCAUGAAAGCUGAAAGAGCCUUCAAUCGAUUGCUCUGUGUUUGAUUCUACUUCCUUGCUCGAUGCUUUCCGGUUUGACAAGUAGAGUCUCCCAAACAGUGCAUGGCUGUUGUUGAAAGGCACUACGAUUUAAAGGGCUACGGAGAGGUGACAACAGGAACAACCCCACUGUUGUGUAUGUUGUGCCAUCUAAGUGACCGCCAGUAUGGGUCGGCGCUCGUCCGACAGUGAUGAUGACAGUCGGAGCAGGAGAAGGAAGAAACAGCGUCGCCGCUCUUCUUCCUCUUCCUCAUCCUCGUCCUCUUCCUCCGGGAGCAGAGUGAGAAGCAGCCGCAGUCGGAGGACCAGUCGCCGCGGAAGCCGCUCUCGCUCCAGAGACAGAAGGAGGAGAAGACGCUCCAGCAGCAGUUCGUCUCGCAGUUCAUCUCGCAAGAGGAGGAGUCGAAGCGCAGAGAGAGACAAAGGGAGGAGCCACCGUUCAUACAGGUCACGCAGCCGGGACAGGAGGUCUCAUUCUCGCCACCAGCGUUCUCGCAGUAAGAGCGGCAGUCACAGCCGUCGAGGUAGCCACAGUCGCAAACGGAGCCGCAGCAGAGAGCGCGACCGGAGCCGGCGCAAGGGCCGUGACCGGGACAGGGAAAAAGACAAGGAGAGAGGACGAGACAGAGACAAGGACAGAGAGAAGGACAAGAGUAAAGAUAAGGCAGAGAAAAAGGGGGAUGCUGGGAACAUCAAAGGCAGAUUAGAACAUCUGACUCCAGCAGAGCAGGCCAAAGUUCGAAUGCAUUUAGUCCUCCAGGCUGCAGCUAAGACCGAUGAAGUUCUGAAGGCCAAAGUAGCCAAGAGAGAGGAGGAGGCCCGGAAGAAACUAGAAGAAGAGGGAACUUCUCUGGAGGAGCAAGUGCGAAGGAUAAAGGACAUUGAGGCCAUCGAGAGUGAUUCCUUUGUUCCUCAGGCUUUCAAAUCAUCCAGGGAUGAUAUAAAGACCGAGCUGCCUGAAGUGAAGCAGGAGCAAGAGAGGGCAUGUUUGCAGGACGUCACACUUCCCACAUCAAUAGUGUACAAUGACACUGACACACUUGCCCAUCCCAGUUUGUUUAUGGACAAGGAGAAGGCUGAGGAGCUGUGGCUACAAAGGCUGGUCUCGCUGCGACAGGAGAGGCUGAUGGGAAGCCCUGUGCCCUGACAAAUCCAGGAGCUCUACAUUUGCACCUCAUUCAUUUAGUCAUGUUUGAUUUUAUUUUUAUUUUAGUCCUUGUCAUAUUUUCUCUUAGUAUUUUAUAUUUUUCCUUCCACUAAUUUCUCUUACUAAUACAGACUCAUGAGACUUUGUAUAAAUAAAGAGUUUUUGGUCCUGAUGUGCUUGUUGUUUUUGUUAAAAUUAAUAAAUAAGUUGUUUAGUCUGC